GUGUUCCAAAUGUACGUUUACUAUGUUAUCUAGUCUAAGAGACCAGGCUGACCAUGCAGUUAUCAACAUGUCAAUUUUCACAAUCCUAUCGAUACAUUUUGAUAUCCUGCUCAUUUUUACGCAGUGAUGUCCCCAGUUUUUCUGUCAGCUCAGAUCUCUGGCGAAGACUGGCGCAGUUCUUCGGCAGGUGCGUCUGCCAUACAUUUCCAUAUUUUCUGCUUCUAUCGUCUGCUAUAGCUACUUCACAAGAAAUACGUAGAUCUCCGCACAAGACUCUUUUUAACAUCAUUUGCCGACAUGAAUGUGGCUCGGAGAUAGGGCAGCGUUUGUACUCAUCUUUCGUAAGGUUGCCGAUUUGAUUCAUGAGCAACUGUGUGGGUGUUGUUUUUGGGAAGGAGAAAGCGACGUAGACUAUGAGACGCCUGCCUAUAUAGUGCCUUCGUUCAUUGCCUGUUUUUUUCUUACACUGCCUGACCAGUGUUUCGGUUUCACCUGUAUGAACGAGCUUGUGUUUCCGACAUAAAUCGGUGGAAAACGCGUCCGUGGCGGGUCAACUAUUUAUUAUGGCUAAAAGGAUUGAUUUAGUGCAUUGCUGGUCUGAAUAUAUUUCAAGAUAAGGAGAAAACGGCCGCUAGGUCAGGACUGUCUGUUCCGGAGAAAAGAGUGUUGUUUAGAGCUUAUUGAAUGAAAGUCUCAUUCGUCCUUCGCUGCCAAAUAUGACGUUACCAUGGAAACAGCUUCUUCUACUAUCAAUCAUCGACUGUCUCGCAGAAUGUUUGGACAGUGGAUCAUUCCAUGGUCCAAGAUGGAGGAUGGAACCCGGUGACUUGUUUAUCCCUGUUGAUUCUAUAGAAGAGGAGGCCACUCUUACGUGUGACGCUAAAGGAAUCCCCCCUCCUCAAUACAGAUGGUCACUGAAUGGAACUCUCAUAAAUCUGGAGUUGGACCACCGGCGUCGGUUGUCUGGGGGCAACCUCAUCAUAAGAAAUCUGGACCGCUACCAGGAUGGGGGAAGGUACCAGUGUACGGCCUAUAACACAAUAGGAGCCAUUCUCAGCAGAAGAGCAAGCCUACAGUUUGCCUACUUGGAUCAUUUUAAACUCCACACAAGAAGUGCGGUGUCAGUUCGAGAAGGACAAGGAGUUGUGUUACUCUGUGGAACACCCACCUCCUCAGGAGACCUUAGUUAUGCAUGGGUCUUCAAUGAAUACCCAUACUUCGUCCAGCAAGACAACCGGCGCUUCGUAUCUCAGGAGACUGGCAACCUGUACAUCGCCAAAGUGGAGCCCUCAGAUGUGGGCAACUAUACCUGUGUGGUGAUGAACAGCAUCACAAAGGGCAAAGUUCACAGCUCACCAACAUCUCUGGUCCUGAGGAAAGACGGAGUAAUGGGAGAAUACGAGCCGAAAAUAGAAGUUCAUUUCCCUGACACCGUACCAGCAGCAAAAGGAUCAGUGGUUAUACUGGAGUGUUUUGCUCUUGGGAACCCUGUCGCUGAGAUUACGUGGAAGAGGGCUAAUGGAGUCCCGUUCCCCAGCAAAGUGAAGAUGAAGUACUCCAAUGCCGUCUUGGAGAUCCCCAGCUUCCAACAGGAUGACACGGGGGGCUAUGAGUGUGUGGCCGAAAACAAGAUGGGGAAGAACAUCGCUACAGGCCGACUGGCCUUCCACGCCAAACCUCAGUGGAUUCAGACCAUGAGAGACACAGCCCUAGCCAUAGAGGAGAGGCUUCACUGGGAGUGCAGGGCCAACGGGAAGCCCAAACCUUCCUACAACUGGCUGAAAAAUGGCCAAGUGCUGAUCACUGAGGAGAGGGUCCAUGUUGACAAUGGGGUCCUGUUGAUCUCGUCUUUGAACCUGUCUGAUGCCGGGAUGUACCAGUGUGUGGCUGAGAAUAAAUAUGGCGUCAUCUAUUUCAGCACUGAGCUCAUGGUCUUAGCCUCUCCUCCAGACUUCACUGGUAACCUGCUCAGAGCCCUGCUUAAAGCCAAGGCCGGCACCAUAGUGACUCUAGAGUGUAAGCCCCAAGCAUACCCCACCGCUAGCAUCCUGUGGAAGAAAGGCAACCAACCUAUCCACACCAAUGACAGAAUCACUCUCUCUCCAGAUGGAACUUUGAGAAUCACUAAUGUGACCAAGUCUGAUGCAGGCAGCUACACCUGCUUUGCCAGAAACCGAUUUGGGGCCUCCAGCACCACUGGAAGACUCCUCAUCACAGACCCAACCAGAAUUACUCAGGGGCCAGUGGACAUGGAGAUCAUAGUGGGUGAGAGCAUCGUGCUGCCCUGCCAGAUCGCCUGUGACCCCAUCCUUGACGUCUUCUUCUCCUGGGCUUUCAACGGACAGCUCAUCACCAAGACAGACAGGCAUUUUGAGCUAGUGGGAGGGAGGACAGCUGGGGAUCUGAUGAUCAGAAACAUCCAGUUGAAUCAUGCCGGAAAGUACAUCUGCGUGGUGGACACGGAUGUGGAGAGCCUGUCAGCAGUGGCCAUAUUGAUUGUAAAAGGCCCCCCUGGCCCUCCAGACACAGUGGCAGUGGAUGAGGUGACGGACAGCACAGCCCAGCUCUCCUGGAGCCCCGGCAGGGAUAACGGCAGCCCCAUCACCAGCUACCUCAUCCAGACCAGGACCCCCUUCACUGUUGGCUGGCAGAGGGUGGACACAGUUCCUGAGGUAAUUGAUGGCAACACACUGACGGCCACGGUGGUGGAUCUCAAUGCCUGGGUGGAGUACGAGUUUCGAGUUGUGGCAAAGAACAGCGUGGGAGUGGGUGAGCCCAGUCCCACCUCCCUCCAGACACGGACAGAGGAUGCAGUUCCUGAUGCUGCACCCACUGAUGUUGGAGGAGGGGGCGGCAGCAGAUCGGAGUUGGUUGUUACAUGGGAGCCUGUUCCCGAGGAACUGCAGAACGGUGAGAGCUUCGGUUACAUCAUCGCGUUCCGUGGCCUCGGUGAGAUGACUUGGACCCACGUCGCCACCUCCGCUCCGGGGGCAUCCCGCUAUGUGUACCGGAAUGACAGCAUCGCUCCCUUCUCACCCUUCCACGUGAAGGUGGGAGCCUAUAACAGCAAAGGGCAGGGCCCGUUCAGUCCCGUGGUCACCAUCUACUCUGCAGAGGAAGAGCCAAGUGGUAUGCCAGGGGGAGUUUGGGCCAGAAGUGUUUCCGCCUCAGAAAUUGAAGUGAAUUGGCAGGCUCUCUCCUUUACUCCUGAAAGAGUUCUCGGCUACGAGGUGGUGUACUGGGAGGAUGACACCAAGCCAGAGACAAUGGGGAAAGUGAGGGUACCUGGGAGUCAAAUCUCGGUCACUGUCAGUGGCUUAGGGCGAAACACUCAGUAUUUUCUCACAGUCAGCGCUUUCAACACAGCUGGUACUGGCCCUUUCCUCCCAGCCAUCAACGCCACCACCAAGAAAUCACCACCUGGACAACCUCCUCUAAAUGUUGAGUGGACCUUGAUUGGCUCCCAGAUCACUAUAUACUGGGAGCCGGUGGUAGCCAUGGAAACAGAGUCAGAGGUCACCGGUUAUCAGCUGUCUUAUAGGAGUCUGAAACAUAAGGAAGAGAACAUGCUCUUGACAAACAAUUCCACAGCCGAGCUGACCCUUGUUGACGACGACGACUAUGUCAUUCACAUCAGGUCGCUGAGCGAGGGAGGGCUCGGCCCAGCCACAGAUCCCAUCCGCAUCCACAAACUAAGUAUGAGUGCGCGAGGCUCGAGGGCCUGGAGUCUGAACACAUCCCCUGUCUCUCUGCUCCUCACCAUCGCAUUGUCAACGUUCAGGUCUACAUCGUGACAGAACGUCAGGCUACUAUCUUGUUUAGAAAUAAAAUAAGCUGUCUUUGCUCCAUUCCAAAUGACCCAUCUACAAUUAUAAUUUUUUCUAACUGGGAAAGUCAUGGUACAGACUUUCCAUUUUGGAGGCAAGACAAUAAUUUGGGAACAUAAUUUGUUGUUGUUUGGGCGCAUGUUAUGAUGAACAUUGUGUUAGGUCAAGUGCUGUCAACUUCUGAAGAUAUCUGCUUGGGUUGUACAUUUUAGGUGGAUGUUCAGAUGAAUGCGCUAUUUACUUUUUGUAGCCCUGAAUGAUACAAAUGCCUUACUUCCAUUCAUGUGCCAAAGUAGUUUGAAUCGUUUAGUUGUAGGCUAAAUGCUAAGCUAGCAAUGCCAUGCUUUUUUUUCUUCAUAUUUUCAUUUGUAAUUAAACCUUGUCACACUCAAAGUUGGUUAUGAAAGUUAUUACCUAUGGUAAUAAUACUUGUCAUUUAAACUUUCAAGGUUGCGAUAUGAAGUUGACUUUUGUAAUUUUUACGUACUCUGAGGUGGUCAUUGAAGCGAAAACUUUUACUUGUUUCGCUGAGCCAAGUUAAGUUAUCUUGCUUACUCAUUGAGUAGACACAACCAUUUGCCUGUGCCUGUGCCUUUGAAGGUGUGAGAGUGUGACAAAGAAAAUCGCUUCACUUGACUUAUAGUCAGUGUUGUGCAGCAUUUCAGAGCUCUUUAAGUGAUCGUUAUCGUAUCAUUAUGUGCUACAUGAGACCCAUAAGACGAGCUGUUUGAGACAGUGCAAGUCGUUUUCUCAAUGUUUUCAUUUUGUCAUUGUGGUAGAGACUUGAUUGUAUCACGAGGGCUCCUUACAACUAUAAUGAGCCAAAAUCUAAAUACUGACCUUACAGUGGAUGGAUAGAUUGCAUUUAAUAGGAGGACUGUCUUUACCCCACAUCACCACUACCAAUAUGUGACACCCACCUGGGUGAUGCACGGCAGCCAUUUUGUGCUAGAGUGCUCACCAGUCGCAUGGUGAAAAUGGUGCCAAAUGAGACCCAAGCAGGCAAAGUCAUUCACCCACAAGAAAACCCAUGGCGCCUUACUGUAUAUUGAACUCAUGCAUGACAUUGACCUAUAGUCAGCUAAAUAUGUACUAGACUUGCCUAUCAUUUGUUCAAGGUUCAAUUAGCCUUUUCUUGAAACGUAUGUAUUGUAUUAUAGGCCCUACAUAUAUUUCAGCGUAGCCUCAACUGCUCAGGUGUUCGGUCCUUUACACACCAACCUUCACUGGUCAUAAAGCAGAGAGAAGCUAGAUCAGACGGCUGACAGCACAUGAUACAGUGGUCUAUUUAAUGCCCUGACUUGACAAAUGAAAAGUCUGAUAUCUGCCAUGAUUUAGCAGCAAUUAAAACAUAUUAAUAAAUUAGAGUGAGCCUAGGGGCCUCUAUGGGAAAGGGCAUAGGACUAAUGGUUCUAUGACACCACAGAAGAUUAAUGUAUCAGGAUUCAGUGAGAGGAGCUAAAUCAGAACGAUUCCAUCAGGAUGGAAAUAUGGUUGUGUGUGUGUGUGUGUGAGCCUGUGUGUGCCUGUGUGCAUUGUUAAUAUAUUUAUAUUAACUUGCUUCUCUGUGUGUCACAGAUGACUGUCUUUUGGAAGGAUUUUUUAAAAGCUCCAGACCAUUUAUUGUACUGGCAAUCAAACAUUUGACACAUUUUUGUGCUCACUUUCAAAUAGAAUAACAAACCAUGAAGUUGCACAUCUGCGAUGGUGUAACCUGGGUUGUGUUUAUUAGGCACCAAAUGGAAGAAAACUGACUCAAACAUGGAGGGACUACCUGGACUAAGAAAGGCUCCUCGGAAUAUAUAUCCCAAAGGAAAUAAAUGAUCUCACUCCAAUACAUUUUAAUGGAAAGUUAGCAAAAAUAGAUAAG